UUCCUUUGAUUCCUCUCUCUGCUCCUUUUUGCUAUCGUCGUCAAGAGCCAGAAAGAGAGAGAAAAAGAGGAAUCGGUUGUUUUGUUGUCGAAGCUUCUUCCACCUCGAGCGUCAACGCGUUUCUCUCAUCUUCGAUCUCGUUGAUCAGAAGAUUUCCCGAGCUUCAGAUCAACAAUCAUGGCCACCGCUGGAAACAAGAACAUCAACGCCAAAUUGGUAUUACUAGGAGAUGUUGGGGCUGGAAAAUCAAGUCUUGUGCUUCGCUUCGUCAAAGAUCAGUUUGUUGAAUUCCAGGAAUCAACGAUAGGUGCAGCGUUCUUCUCACAAACAUUGGCUGUGAAUGAUGCAACUGUCAAGUUUGAGAUUUGGGAUACAGCUGGUCAGGAACGUUACCAUAGCUUGGCUCCUAUGUACUACAGGGGUGCUGCUGCUGCCAUUAUUGUCUUUGACAUUACUAAUCAAGGCUCAUUUGAGAGGGCGAAGAAAUGGGUUCAGGAACUGCAGGCACAAGCAAAAAGGCUCCCACGUGUACAGCCAGCAGAAAACCCAGCAGGAAUGGUUCUCCCAAACGGACCAGCAGCCACUGCAGUGAGUUCUUCAUGUUGUGCUUAA